AUGUCAUCUAAAAAGAGGUAUUUUAAUUUAGCAUCCGAACAAAACGGUUAUGCACAACUAGAAAGCAAGGAUUUGCAGUUAUCGAAUGCAUGCGAAGAACCUUGCGCACUGGGUGUCUCGGGGGCAUUCUCGGACAAGUACAGGCAGGAACUCGAACCAUUAUUUGACAACUUUAGAACAGAUGUUGUCAGUAACGCUCUCAAUGGCGUCGAUACGACUAAAUUCGGUGGCAGUAUUGCCACGGCCAUUACUACUGCCAUUGGAACAACAGCCGAUACUAUAAAAGCCAAAUUCUUUGAAAGCUUACAAAGCUUCGCAUACGAUGCUAUAUUCAAUCAACAACCUAAAUUCAAGGGCGAUUGCAAUCAUCCGAAACGUGUAACACAACCACCAAAAGGCGUUCCCUGGAAACCUAGCGACUGCGUUGCUAUGGACUAUAUUUGUGGCAACCCACCUUCGAUCUGUCAUCAUCUCGAUAUUGUCAAGGCGCGAAUUAUUGGUACCAUUAAUUUUGAACUUGCAUACAAUGCCACCGGGAGUGGACCAUACAUUAAAGCAUUCGGUCAGGCGGCGUAUGAUGCUGCCACUGGCGCUGGAGCGUCAGCCAGCGAUUGCAAUACAUAUUUGGUACCCAUAGUCGAUUCUAAUGCAGCCAAGUCUUUACUGACACUAGUACAGAAUGUUGCGACAGGGUUCUGCGUUGCUGGCAGUUGUGACAAAUAUGACAAUGAAAUCAUUCCUCUGCUUUUGUCGUACCCUUAG